CACUGGGAAUAUGGCCAAUUUACCUUUGUGCCUAUCCAGACCUUCUGACUGCAAACUUAGUUGACGACCAUAUGGAUCUUCGCUGACUAAUCAUAAUAAUUCAGCACGUAGGCAACCUUGUUGGCAGCAUUUUAGAUGGAUAGUAAGCUCCUUGCUAAAUUCGUGUAAAACUCGAAACGUGAAGCGCCAAGUAGCAUGAUCACACGAUGGGGAACAGAACUGUACUUAAUUUGCUGGCAUUCAUGUUGGUAACGUGCUCUGUAGGUGAAGUGCGUUGUGCUAUCCUUGGCGAACGAGGAAGCAGUCUAAUAUUAAAACCACAGACAAGGGGAACGUUGGAGGAAGUAACCUGGACACAUAAUGGCAACAAAGUGGUAGUUUACGAUCAGCAACAAAUUUUAACAUUUGAUCCUUUUAAAAAACGGGUUGUUUUAGAUCUCCGCUCAGGAGAUCUGACUAUAAAGAGGCUACAGACAGGUGAUGGCGGUGUUUAUGAGUCAACCACUGUUGUAAAUGGGAAGCAACAGUACUCUAAACACAAUCUUCAAGUAAUUGAUACUGUUCCACAGCCAAAAGUGACGUGUAAAGAAGCCAACCCAGAGUCAGAGGGGGAAACGCUCCUGUGCGGUGUGGAUGCGGACACCCCAGUGACCUACAGGUGGAGGGGGCCUACGGUGUAUGAUCAUCCAGGCUCAGAGCUGCGGCUUGGCAAACAGGAGGACCCCGAGUCUGUUUUCACCUGCUUUGUGAAGAAUGAAAUCAGCGAGAAAUAUGUUACGUUCACUCUAAAAGACUGCCAGCCAGGUGGCAUUUCUCCCGGCAUUAUUGCUGCAAUUGUCCUGUCUGUCAUAUGCGCUUUAUGUCUGUUAAUUCUGAUCCCGCUCUUGGUUUGUAGAAAGCAGAAAAAAAAACCAAGACCGAACCAGACAUACAAUCAGGUGGACAUUGAAAAUGGAGAAAACAAAAACCUGCUGUCAGCAGGGGUGCCAACAGACAAUGACACAGAUGCAGGGGGAAAGAAGAGGAAAGCGAAAGGGCUGUUUCGUGCUGUGCACCACAACCAGAAGAGUGGUUCUGGCCUUGAAGACACAGACAAUGAGGAAAAUACUUCAUUCUCCUUACGAGCAACCCUUCCAAGCCAUGCUAAACUAAGGCCUCCUAGAGCAGGACAUGAACGGGGAAAUGGCACUUGUGUAGCAAAGGACCUAAACAGUCCAGACAAAUCUACAGCCAGAUUGCAGCAGGAAGAUCAAAGUGCUGAAAAAACCAUACCUGUGUCUGUAGAGGUAGCCACACUGGACCAGAAGGCUGUGGAGGUCCAACCAGAGUUACAUGGUGCAGAAUCAGCACUAGCUGUCAUUACUAACUUCUCAUCUAGUGCAGAAGAGCCUGACAUGCAACUGAAUGCUGUAAAUCACAGCAAAGAUCAGCCCAUGCAUGAGGAUGAGGAACUUCCUCAUGGUAGUCCAGAGGGUGUGCCUGAAGAAAUCAAAACCUAUCGUUCCCACAACGUCACUGUCAUGAUCGAGGGAAGAGACAGAAGGGAAAGCUGUGAAGAAGAAGAAGAAGAGAAUUUGAGUGGCACAGGGAGAGGCACAGAUCUGAGGUCUGAAAGUGGAGCAGCAGAGGAGGAGAGAGAAGGAAAUAGACCGCGGACGGACACGGAAAAUAGUCAGGAGGAAGAGAGUCUAAAACAAGGAACCAUAGUGGAAGAUAUGCAUUUGCAUGUUCAAGAGAACCAUGAGAUGGCUGUGGAAGCGAGUUCUGUGGAUAAGGAAAGGAAUGGUGUGAUUGUCCAUCCUGAUCAAAUUGAAGAGGAGGAAGUCAAUGGCAGUGAGCUGAAGGAAGAACUUCCUGAGGUAAAACAGGAUCUUCAGGAGCAUCUAAAGGAAGAUACUCCAAAGGAUGAAAAAGAGAAUGAACAGGAUGACCAACGUGAAGCUGAGCUGGACCCUCAGACAGAGAGCUUAGGAGAGGAGGAGGAUAGUAGUACAGUGCAGGAGAGACGAAGGACCGACGAGGAAGAGGACAUCAUAACCAAAGAGCAGCCUUGUAGAGAAAAUGAACAAGGCAGUAGAACUACAGAACCUCAGGAGAAGACAGAAGCUGAAGUGCUACAGGAUCAGACUAGGGAUGGAGGAGAACAGGAGCCACAUGUAAACAAAAGAUUAGAUGAGGAAAGGACCGAAGAGCAUGAAGGAGAGGAUGGCGGGAUGGAUCCAGAGAGGAAAUGUCCUGACGAGAGAGACAUGGAAAUGGAGAGUGCAGUGGAGCAGGGUGAGGGUGUGGACAAUAACACAAAUCAAAGGGAGGAGAAUGAGUUAAGGCAUGAAGAUGAAUCUGAUGAAGACACAGUGAGUGUAAAUAGUGAGCAGGAGUACCAACUUUUGAAGCAGGGUAGUGAUACCAGUUUGGAGAAGCAGCUAAUUGAUUUUCAAGAUGUCAGCGUGACAGAAGAGACAAAUGGUGAGGAAAGUGAGAUUAAGUCAGUGAAUGAAGGGACAAAAGCUAACACUCCAGCGGAAGAUAAAAAACAAGAGGGACCUGCUGAAGAUGAGGAAGAGGACAUUAUAACCAAAGAGCAGCCUCUUAGAGAAAAUGAACAAGGCAGUAGAACUCCAGAACCUCAGGAGAAGACAGAAGCUGAAGUGCUACAGGAUCAGACUAGAGAUGGAGGAGAACAGGAGCCACAUGUAAACAAAAGAUUAGAUGAGGAAAGGACCGAAGAGCAUGAAGGAGAGGAUGGCGGGAUGGAUCCAUGUCCUGACGAGAGAGACAUGGAAAUGGAGAGUGCAGUGGAGCAGGGUGAGGGUGUGGACAAUAACACAAAUCAAAGGGAGGAGAAUGAGUUAAGGCAUGAAGAUGAAUCUGAUGAAGACACAGUGAGUGUAAAUAGUGAGCAGGAGUACCAACUUUUGAAGCAGGGUAGUGAUACCAGUUUGGAAGAGCAGCAAAUUGAUUGUCAAGAUGUCAGCGUGACAGAAGAGACAAAUGGUGAGGAAAGUGAGAUUAAGUCAGUGAAUGAAGGGACAAAAGCUAAUACUCCAGCAGAAGAUAAAAUACAAGAGGGACAGACCCCAUUGAAGGAAGGGGAAGAUCAAAUAAUGCCUAAAGAAGACACUGUUGCAAUAGAAGAACAUGACAGAUUGCCUGAAGACCAGGACAGUUUACCUGAAUACCAAGAUCAUCAAGAUAUCAGUGUGACAGAUGAAAUGUCUGAUGAAGAAAGUGAGAUAAAGUCAGGGGUAGAAAAUGGAGGGGUAGAAAAUAAUACUCAAUUGGAAGAGAACAGGCAAGGAGUAGAUGACAGCAUGCCUAAAGAAGAGCCUGUGGCAUUAGAGGAACAGGACAGUUUACCUGAAGACCAGAGAAUUGAUACAAUUAUGAAAACUCAAGAUGAUCAUGAGCAGGAUAGAAAAACAGAAAUGAUGAGCAAUCAUGGCCAGGCUGAGGAUUUACUGGCGAAAGAAUUCAAGGAAGAACAGAUCGAACAAGACCGACAGCAAAAUGACACAAACAGCCCUGUACUUCAUGAAAAUGAAGAGGAUGAAGAGAAGACUGAGACUGAAAAAGAAAAUGAACACAGCCAGGAGGAAGAAAGAAAAAAAGUUGUGCUGCCCAAAUCUGAAUCUGAAGAGGAAGACUUUGACACAUUAGGUCAGCUACAGAAUGAGGAACACCUGGAACAUGAGGGGGGAGAAGAGGAAGAGGAGAGAAGGCAUAUUGACAGCACCCAGUCGCAGGAUCAACCAAUAAAACAGCAUCAUGUUGUCACCAAUCUGGAAGAAAGAAAUGAUAAGAAUAUCACUGACAGUGAUGGAGAGCAGGAAAUUGAAUAUGAUAGACAGACAGAUGACAUGCAUUUGUUAAAAGAGAAGAGUGAAAGUGAUGCUCAGAUAGAAGAGGACUGUAAACUGGAAAAGGGAGAAGUUUGUGAGGUUGAUGCUGACAAAGUCCAGGGUGAUGAGAAAGUAGUGGAUGAAAAGAAACACCAUGGGCCUGAAGAUCAUAUGGCUGAAGAUGUGGGUGAUCUCAGUGAGAUUGAAAACCCUUACCCAGUAGAGAAGGAUGAGGAGCAAAGGGAAGCCAGGACACAAAAAGAUGGACAGCAAGAUGAUCUAAACAACAGCACUUCUGAUGAAAAUAAAAAGGUGGAUGAAAAAGAUGUUGAGAUGAAUCCUAACAGGGACCCAGACAAGGAGACAUUGCUGGAAGAAAAAGAAGGGGACACUGAGGUGCAUCAAGGACAGACAGACGGAGAGCAGCUCCAGACUGAGUUUCCAGGACAACUACAGAAUGAGCCGAGCCAAUUGGAACACCAUGCUGAUGACGAGGAACCAGUGAAAGGCAAAGGCCUUGAGGAAGAUGAUCAAAUGAAACAUUAGAUGGAACAACUAAAUAGUAAAAGUGAUGUGUGUGUGUGAGAACAAUAAGGAUGGGAGGGGCGUGGUCCCAGAGAAUGAAGAGAGAAACGAUUCUCCAUCAGAAAAGGAGGGAAAGGAAAAGGUGGAGAUGCAUCGAGAUGACAUAGGUCAAAGUCAGACAAGUUAUUGAGUUAGGGCAGCCACAAAAGUUGAAACAAUCAGGAGGUUAAAGAUUUAGAGGAAGAAAAGGAUAUGUAAGUAGAACAGUUUAACAGGAAAAAAGUAAAAAGUAGUCUAAUAUUCAGAAAUUUGUCAUGAAUUUAAUGAAGGAUAUUAUAUGAAUCUACAUGUAAAUACAUUAACUUUUUACAUUUUAGUGUUAACAAUAUGAAUGUUUCUUAAAAUGAUUAAUAGUGAAAUGCGUUUCUGAUGUGUUUCUUUCAACAUGCAUAGAAUGAAAGGCUAAACUUUUUUUUCAUUCAACACAUAAACAGGAUGUGAAAUGUGUCCACUUAUGUGCAGCUUAAACAAUCAUGCUGCAGUUAUUAAUUAAAAUUCAGACAACUAAACUUUUUAACCAUUUUAGCUUCAUAAUCACGGCCUUAUAGCAAACUAGACUAUUUUAGAGGGCAUCCUGAUGGAAGCUGCAAGGACCACACACUUGCCCAUGAACUGUUGGUCUGGGUCAGUAACUCCAGGAAUUUGUCUAAACCCUGUAUGUAAACUGAUCCGUAAAUAUAUUGCAGUUUUGUAGAGGGUGCUAAAAAUGUCAUGCUGUGCUUUCUGUUAACUACUGUUUCAAGUAUUUUGUGUAAACACACAAGAUAAGACAUUAAACCAGUUUUGACCAAUCCAA